CUGUUCAUCGGGGCAGCUUUAACCACGCUCCAAAUCUGAGGAUUAUAUUCCUGAAAUCUGGAUUUGUGCUGCAGCACAUGGGUCUAACAGCUGGUCGGUAUGUUACGCAAUGCCAAUCCGAUCCCAGCGCCGUGCGCCGGUUCAAAGCAGGAGGUGCCCGAACGUGAGCGCGCAUGGUGUCCCCGCAUGUGACGUAACAACUUGACGCUAGUGGUUUCCUGUGCGGGGAGUGGGCGCUCGUCGGACUCGUAUGGGCACGGAGAGUCACAGCUCUGGAUUGUUUUGUUAGAUCACUUGUUCAGAAGAGUCCCGGGGGGGUCGACUUAACGACGGAUCUCCUCUGAGGUAGCGAUAUGUCCGGGGAUCACGAGGAAACACAGACGGCCGAGGAGAUGCAGGUGGACGGAAAGGGUGUUCAAGACAAGAUGAUCAAUCCUGAGAAGUCAGAAGAGGCCAAACUGAAGGCCAGAUACCCAAAUUUAGGAAACAAACCCGGGGGCUCUGACCUGCUUCGCAAACGCCUCCAAAAAGGACAAAAGUACUUUGACUCCGGCGACUACAACAUGGCCAAAGCCAAGAUAAAGAACAAGCAGCUGCCGACAGCUGCUGCGCCGGAGAAGACGGAGAUCACAGGGGACCACAUCCCGACCCCCCAGGACCUGCCCCAGAGGAAACCCUCUCUGGUCGCCAGUAAACUGGCCGGCUGAUGCGCGCACACACAGCCUCGACAGCCCCUGCAGCACCUCCCGGCCUUUACCCUUUCUACUCAAGUCUCAGAGCCGUAACACUACCUCUCCCGUCCCUCAUGGUACCUGCCCCCUGUCACCCCCUCCCCCCAUUCCUUCCCUUUCUCUUUUAUCUUGGUUGGUUUCCCCUGGUUACUUCUCCAAACUGACUGUUCCCCUGCUGCCUCUGUCUGUUGGUGUUUUCCAUGUUCCUUUUUUUAUUUUCUCAUCGCUUCAAUACGAGAUACACUGAGAGGCGGAACAUUCAAGUGUGAUGAGGGGAUUGUGGCGCUUCCGUACGACUCGUGGACCACUCAUACCGUGGUGUUUACCGGCUGAAGAGAGGAAUGGUUAGAGGGCUUUAGUAUGCUCAUGCCUCAGUUAGGAAGUGUGUGUAUAUAUACGUACAUAUAUAUAUUUCCUUUUUGCUUGGCACAAGGGCAGAUGUCAGCCUUUUUAGAAUGUUUUACGUCCAAUCUGUAUUAGUUGCUGUAUGCCCUAAUCGUAAAUGAUUCUUUGGAAAUGCUUCUUACUCAAUAAAUAUGGUAAUCCUGUGCGGAG